AUGAGUUACGACACGGCCGUUGAGAGCCAGUCGGUUCCAUCGCGCGGCGGAGCGAUCUCCAUGGAGCAGCACCGGCGCGGACGGCUGCUGAAGCAGCAGCUGCAGCUGGUAGCGCGGAAGACGCCGGACGGCAAGGAGCGCAAGGAAAUCGCGGUGAUCCCGGAAACCCUAUCCUUCGAGAAGGGCUUCUUUCUGUUCAUUCGAGCCGUGCAGCUGCUAACUCAGGUCCUAAACUUCAUGCCUGGCAUCACGGUAAUAUCUAUGGACAACUACAACGUGGCCAGUCGCGUCAUUGAUGGCAAUUUUGAUGACCCGCGAAUUACGGAUUACGAGCUGCUGCUGAGCAACCUGCAGGGGCUGAGGGAGGGUCGCACAGUGCAAGUGCCGAUAUAUGACUUCAAGUGCAGCACGCGCGUGGGGUUCAGAGAAGUGAAGGUCCCCAAGUCGCGCAUCGUGAUUAUAGAAGGCAUCUACGCACUCAGCGAGCGCCUCCGACCUUUGCUCGACUUGCGGGUGUCUAUAACGGGAGGAGUACACUUUGACCUCGUUAAGAGAGUGCUGCGGGACAUCGACCGAUCGGGGCAGGCGCCAGAGGAGAUCAUACACCAAAUUUCUGAGACGGUGUACCCGAUGUAUAAGGCGUUCAUAGAGCCGGAUCUCCAGACUGCACACAUACGGAUUGUCAACAAGUUCAACCCGUUCUCGGGGUUCCAAGACGCGACUUACAUUCUCAAGGCACCCGAAUCCGACCCUGCCGAAGCUGAGGCUCGGAUCCGGUCCGUGCUGUCUGCUGAGGCAGUGGCAGGCUCGGAGAGCGAGGAGACGUACGACAUCUACCUGCUGCCGCCCGGGGAGGACAAGGAGACGUGCCAGUCGUACCUGAGAAUGCGCAACAGAGACGGGCGCUACUCCCUCAUGUUUGAGACGGCAUUCAUUACCCCAUACUCCAACGCUCUAUUCCCUACUUCCCUGCCUCCCUCCCUCCCUCCCUCCCUCCCUCCCUCCCUCCCUCCCUCCCUCCCUCCCUCCCUCCCUCCUCCCUCCCUCCCUCCCUCCCUCCUCCCUCCCUCCCUCCCUCCCUCCCUCCCUCCUCCCUCCCUCCCUCCCUCCCUCCCUCCCUCCCUCCCUCCCUCCCUCCCUCCCUCCCUCCCUCCCUCCCUCCCUCCCUCCCUCCCUCCUCCCUCCCUCCCUCCCUCCCUCCCUCCCUCCCUCCAUCCCUCCCUCCCUCCCUCCCUCCCUCCCUCCCUCCCUCCCUCCCUCCCUCCCUCCCUCCCUCCCUCCCUCCCUCCCUCCCUCCCUCCCUCCCUCCCUCCCUCCCUCCCUCCCUCCCUCCCUCCCUCCCUCCCUCCCUCCCUCCUCCCUCCCUCCUCCCUCCCUCCCUCCUCCCUCCCUCCCUCCCUUCCCUCCUCCCUCCCUCCCUCCCUCCCCUCCUCCCUCCCUCCCUCCCUCCCUCGCUCCCUCCCUCCCUCCCUCCCUCCCCACCUCCUCCCUCCCUCUCUGGCCUGCAAACCCAAACCCCUCGCCAGGAGUGAGUGCGUCACAGACGGUCCCUUUGUGAUAACCCCGCGCAUCACCUUCGAAGUGAGUGUGCGGCUGCUGGGGGGGCUGAUGGCGCUGGGCUACGAGAUGGCGCACAUCCUCCGCAGGGAGUCGCGCGUUUUCAGGGACAAGCAGCAGCACAUUGUUGUGAAAGUCGACCGCCUCGAGCAGAUAAAGAAGACGUUCAUGCAGGUCCAGGGCAAGGACCGGAAGCGAGUACGGGAUAUUGCAGGGCAGUUGGGCAUGGAGGGGCGGUACAGCCCACGGCUGUACAUUGAGGAGAUUCAGCUGCACAACCUCACAGAGGAAGUGCAAGCUUUAUCAGCGGAGAGUGUGCUCAAGGAGCGGUUCCGAGUGGCGGAUCACCUGCUGCCGUCUGGGAGCCCCAUGGGUGCCCCGCUCUCCUCCUCCCUCACCCCGCCUCUUGUGUCAUCCUCCUGGACUCUCGGUCACAAGUUCGACCAGUCAGUGGCGGAUCAUCUGCUGCCGUCCGGGAGUCCCAGAGGCGGUGCCCCCUUCUCCUCCUCUUUUGAGUCGACUCAAAAGCAGUCCGGGAGUCCCAGAGGCGGUGCCCCCUUCUCCUCCUCUUUUGAGUCGACUCAAAAGCAGUCCGGGAGUCCCAGAGGCGGUGCCCCCUUCUCCUCCUCUUUUGAGUCGACUCAAAAGCAGUCCGGGAGUCCCAGAGGCGGUGCCCCCUUCUCCUCCUCUUUUGAGUCGACUCAAAAGCAGUCCGGGAGUCCCAGAGGCGGUGCCCCCUUCUCCUCCUCUUUUGAGUCGACUCAAAAGCAGUCCGGGAGUCCCAGAGGCGGUGCCCCCUUCUCCUCCUCUUUUGAGUCGACUCAAAAGCAGUCCGGGAGUCCCAGAGGCGGUGCCCCCUUCUCCUCCUCUUUUGAGUCGACUCAAAAGCAGUCCGAGAGUCCCAGAGGCGGUGCCCCCUUCUCCUCCUCUUUUGAGUCGACUCAAAAGCAGUCCGGGAGUCCCAGAGGCGGUGCCCCCUUCUCCUCCUCUUUUGAGUCGACUCAAAAGCAGUCCGGGAGUCCCAGAGGCGGUGCCCCCUUCUCCUCCUCUUUUGAGUCGACUCAAAAGCAGUCCGGGAGUCCCAGAGGCGGUGCCCCCUUCUCCUCCUCUUUUGAGUCGACUCAAAAGCAGUCUGGGAGUCCCAGAGGCGGUGCCCCCUUCUCCUCCUCUUUUGAGUCGACUCAAAAGCAGUCCGGGAGUCCCAGAGGCGGUGCCCCCUUCUCCUCCUCUUUUGAGUCGACUCAAAAGCAGUCCGGGAGUCCCAGAGGCGGUGCCCCCUUCUCCUCCUCUUUUGAGUCGACUCAAAAGCAGUCCGGGAGUCCCAGAGGCGGUGCCCCCUUCUCCUCCUCUUUUGAGUCGACUCAAAAGCAGUCCGGGAGUCCCAGAGGCGGUGCCCCCUUCUCCUCCUCUUUUGAGUUGACUCAAAAGCAGUCCGGGAGUCCCAGAGGCGGUGCCCCCUUCUCCUCCUCUUUUGAGUCGACUCAAAAGCAGUCCGGGAGUCCCAGAGGCGGUGCCCCCUUCUCCUCCUCUUUUGAGUCGACUCAAAAGCAGUCCGGGAGUCCCAGAGGCGGUGCCCCCUUCUCCUCCUCUUUUGAGUCGACUCAAAAGCAGUCCGGGAGUCCCAGAGACGGUGCCCCCCUUCUCCUCUCCUCCUCCCUCACCCCUCCUCUUGUGUCCUCAUCCUGGACUCUCGGCCACAAGUUCAACCAAUCCAACUGGAGCAAGGACCAGCAGGGGGGGCGCAUCAAGGCUUCUCCGGACAGACUCGAGGCGUCACCCAGCAACGCUGCUACCUCUGCGAAUGACACUCCCUCAAGGCGACACAGGCGGGAGGGGGACGGGGAGAGAGCGGGCGCAGGAGGGAGGCAUGCGGAUAGUACAGGAGAAAGGGGAAGCAGCAGGAGAGGGGGGGGCGGCAAUGGCAGCGGCAGCGGCAGCAGGAGUCGGAAUAUGGGUCAUGUAGAGGUGGGGGAGGAGGAGGGGUUGGAGGGGGGAGGAUCGGGGGAAGCAGGGAGAGUGACAUCCCUGGUUCAAUCUCAGGAGCGGAUCUCUGAGCAGCUGACACUUGUCACCGACCGAUUGGACGAGCUGCUCUCGAGAUUGGACCUUGUUUCGGCCGGAUCAGUGGGGUCUGGGAGCGGGAAUGGGGGUGCGGCAGGGAAUGGUGGCAGCAGCAGCAUCCAAUUGAGUCCUGCCACGUCAGCAUUGACCAGCCAGCUGGUGUUGGGGGGGAAUGGGAUGUUGGGAGGGAGGAACGGGAGUAGAGGCGAGCUGGCAGGGCCGAUUGAUAUAGGGCUCACUCCUGUUUCUGCUGCUGCUGCUGGGGGCGGUGUGAUGGGCCUGGUGAAUGGUGCUGCAGUGGGUGUGAGUGGUAACAGUCAGUGUUACGAUGUGAAUGCGGUGAAUGGGGUUGGGAGCGGUGCAGAGGGGCGAGGGUCAGCAGCACCAGGAUCAGCAGCAGCAGCUUUGGUGGUGGAAGUGAAGGAGAUCGCCAGCAACCAAAGAAGGCUCGCAUCUGAGCUCGAUUCGUUGGGUCGCCUCCUUCGGGACUCACUAGACUCUGACGGUUCCUCCUCCGCUCGCUUCCGCUCCUCUCACCCCCACCUUUCGCACUAUUCGCUCUCAUCUUCCUCCGCCUCUGGAUGGUCCUUAUCUCGAGCAGCAACAGGCAUUGCGCUGCCAGCUAUUGCUGCUUGUGCCGUUGGGGUGGGGGUGGCUGUGCUGGUGGGAGUGCGGCGGUCAGUGCUGGGGGAUGUGCUGAGAGGCAGCAAUCCUGCUGCGCUGAGAGGCAGCAAUCCUGCUGCGCUGAGAGGCAGCAAUCCUGCUGUGCUGAGAGGCAGCAAUCCUGCUGUGCUGAGAGGCAGCAAUCCUGCUGUGCUGAGAGGCAGCAAUCCUGCUGUGCUGAGAGGCAGCAAUCCUGCUGUGCUGAGAGGCAGCAAUCCUGCCAGGUUGGGAGCCCAGGGACGCACUGAGAGGCAGCAAAUCAAACCCGCUGUGCUGCCAGGAUGGGCGAACGCCACGGAUGCCAUCCCUGCGAUCCCCCCUCCUCUUUCCCGGCCCCUCUGCCCCCCUCCCUACUACUUCCUCGUUUGCAGAGGCCGUGCUGUUAGCGCUGAGGGACGCGUUGAGGCACGGCAACCCCGAAGCCGCGCUGUUGGCGCUGAGGGACGCGCUGAGAAAAGGCUACCUCGCUGCGCUGCCAAUCUUGCUGCGCUGCCGGGAUGGGUGAAUGCGGAUCCGUGCGACCCCCCCUCUUCCCACUCCCCAAGCCUGCCUCUUCUCUCUUCCUCUUCUUCCGGUGCAGAGGCCGCGCUGUUGGUGCUGAGGGACGCGCUGAGAAAAAGCUACCCCGGUGCGCUGCCCGGAUGGGUGAAUGCGGAUCCGUGCGACAACUCGUGGACCCCUCGCAUCAAAUGCAACAGUGCUGGACGCGUUAUACGCCUCUACCUGGCGAAUCAGCUGCUGAAAGGGCCCAUCCCGGGGAAGCAGCUAGCUGCUCCAAUAGCUCCCAUUCCCCCACUUGCCCCCAUCCCCCCCCGUCCGUUGUGCAGCUACCUGGCGAAUCAACUGCUGAAAGGGCCCAUCCCAGGGAAGCAGUUGGCUGCUCUGGCUGGGCUUCAACGCCUAGACAUGGGAUACAACGCACUGACAGGGCCCAUCCCACAGGAGCUCUCAGCCCUCUCCAGCCUCACCUUCCUGUCGUUAGAGGCCAAUAAAUUGAAGGGAUCAGUUCCCGAGUGGCUGGGACAACGACUCUUCAAGCUAGUGAACGUCCAUCUCGCCAGCAACCUUCUCAGUGGCACUCUGCCAAGCACCCUCGGGGGGAGACCGCACGUCCCUCCUCAUACCUCCACACGCCCCUCUCUCCUCAUACCUCCACACGCCCCUCUCUCCUCAUACCUCCACAUGCCCCUCUCUCCUCAUGUCCUUUUCUCUCCCCACGUGUUGCAGCCAUCUCGCCAGCAACCUUCUCAGUGGCCCUCUGCCAAGCACGCUGGGGGCAUAUGCCUCACUCCAUGCCUCCGUCAAUUCCCCCUCGCUGCACAUGCCUCCCCACUCGCUCCCCCUCCCAGUGACCUCGGCAGCAACGGCCUCUCAGGCCAGCUGCCGUCCACCCUGCUGCCAGACGGAGCACUCAUCGCCGGUGACCUUGACAGCAACCGCCUCUCAGGCCAGCUGCCGUCCACCCUCCAGCACUGCUGUCUGUUAGAGCACUCGUUGCCAUAUCCCUCCCUCGUCUUCCCUCUUGCCUUACCCACCACGCCUCCCCCUCCCAGUGACCUUGGCAGCAACCGCCUCACAGGCCAGCUGCCGUCCACCCUACAGCGCUGCUGGCUCUUGAAGUACUUCCAAUCAAAGCACGUCACACUGCUCCCUCUUGCCCCCGCCCCCAGAGCACACAUUGCACACGAUGCUCACAUCACAUCGCUCCAUUUCCUUCCCUCCACCGUCCAUGCUCCUCCUCCCUCUUCAUCCCCUCACUCUUUCCCUUGCACCAGGACCGUCCCACCCAAUGCGCUCUUAGGACCGGUCCCAGGGUGGCUUGGAAGCCCCUUCGUCCCAUCCACCAUCCAUCUCCCUCAUCCUCCCCCUCCUUUCCACUAUCUCCCCCCUCCCUGCCCUCCUCUUUCCCCAUCACCAGAUCCGUCCCAGCCAAUCAGCUCUCAGGACCGGUCCCAGUCUUGGGGGGUCCUUCUCCCUUCUCGUAACCCUCUCUCCUUCCCCCUACUUCCCCUCUCCCCCUCUCCCCCUCUCCCUCUCUCCCCCUCUCCCCCUCCCUCAGUGAACUCUACUCGAACCUCCUUUCCGGCCGUAUUCCCCCCAGCCUGGCCGGUGCCACUGCUCUGGAAUCAAUCUAUGCUGCAAGCAACUCCCUGGAAGGCCCCAUCCCUGCCAGUUUCAAACGCCUUAAGAGCCUCAUGUACCUGGGCAUCAACGGAUCCGUCCCAGCCUUCCUCACCCCUCAUUCAUUCCCUUCCCCGCUCUCCCCUUCUCUACCCUCACCCCGCACUGUACCUGCAGCGACCUGAGUUACAACAGGGGCAUCAACGGAUCCGUCCCAGCUUCCUUCCUAUUCUACCAGCCCUCCCCCUCUCUCCCCUCCCUCUCUUUCCUCCUCUUUCCCCCUCCAUCCCUCGCCAUCGCUUUCACACCUGCAGCGACCUGAGUUACAACAAGGGAAUCAACGGAUCCCGACCUGAGUUACAACAAGGGAAUCAACGGAUCCGUCCCAGCCUUCCUGGGAAACCUCUGGCUGCUGGAGUCCCUGUGAGUGGGGAGGGGAAGGGUUGGGAAUUGGACUUGCCUGUGGGUGCGAAACGGUUGGGAGGACUUGCGGCCCUAGCAGCCAACCAUAUCCUCUUGGCCAUGGAGCAUUGCAGCCUCACAGGCCCCAUCCCCCCGGCCAUGGAGCAUUGCAACCUCUCAGGCCCCAUCCCGCCCUCUCUAGGCAUGCUCAACCUCCUCGUUGAGAUCUUCCUCGACGGAAACCACCUCUUUGGCCGCAUCCCACCCGCUUGCCAACCGCAUUCCCUCUUGCCUGCCAUUCUCUCCCCCUCUUCCCCCCUCCCCCCAUUCCGCUCUGUCAGAGCCAUGGAGCACUGCAAUCUCACGGGCCAAAUCCCACCGUCUCUAGGCACGCUCGUCUUCCUCGUUGAGAUCUUCCUCGACGGAAACCGCCUCUCCGGCCGCAUCCCAGCCACUCUCGGCAGUCUAGAGUCCCUAAACAAGCUCUAUCUCAACCGCAACCGCCUCACCGGGAGCAUCCCGGCACAGCUGUGCUACCUUUCAUACGCAUACGAGCUCAACCUGGCUCAAUGGAUCGAUCCCGGCGUGCCUGCCUGCCCUGCCACGGCUGACACUGCUCGACGUCUCUCACAACCACCUCACGGGCCCACUCCCUCCGAUCGCGACUCACCGCUUUCUCUGCUCUUCCUUCUCCUUCCCGCCCCUCCCAACGGCAACAGCGACGUCUCCCACAACCACCUCACGGGCAAACUCCCUCCCAUUCCAAAGAAAUCCAAUCUCCGAUUCUUGUAUGCGGGUAACUGUCUCGACCAUGCAGCCAACCAGGCCUGCCCUCCCAAAUCCUCCUCACCGGUUGCUACUCCCUAG